GUACCCGCAUUGACCGUGUCUCUCAUGCUUCGAGGGCAUUUGGCUUUAGCGCAGGCGCACAAACCCCGCCUCUCUCCUGUGCUGUGUGCAUUCGCAUUGUGUCUAAACAGGCAGCGAGCAAAAAGAUAUUUUACCAACAGCAGUAAUGUCGGGCAGGUCGGUUCGAGCGGAGACGCGGAGCAGGGCGAAAGAUGACAUCAAGCGGGUUAUGGCUGCAAUUGAAAAAGUGCGGAAAUGGGAGAAGAAAUGGGUGACUGUUGGUGACACGUCACUGCGAAUCUACAAGUGGGUACCAGUGACAGAGCCCAAGUCAGAUGAUAAGAACAAAAACAAGAAGAAAGGCAAAGAUGACAAGUAUGGCUCUGAGGUCACGACCCCUGAGAACAGCUCCUCUCCUGGAAUGAUGGAUAUGCAUGAUGAUAACAGUAACCAGAGCUCCAUUGCAGACUCCUCCCCAUUGAAGCAGGAGACCAGCAACAACACUAGUCCUGCACCUGAACCCAUGGCAGCUUCUCAGAGUGACAGCAAUGACUUGAAAAGUGACCAAUAUCCUUCCAAACAGCCUUCUUCUGGUCAGGAUAAUAAGAGCGAACAAAACCACUGCUCAUCAGAGUCUAGGACAGCCAAAAGAGACAGCAAGUCACAUGGGGAUUCAGAGCAUUUUUUAGACUCUUCCAAAUCAGCCCAGGAAUUGGAAGAUGGUGCUCCCCCAAGUAAAAAAGGAAAAAUCGAUUCAUCCUCUGAAGAAAGUUAACUAUCUUCUGCCAGCUGUCAUGCAUUUGCUCUCCCAAUCUCUUAUCCCGAAACACAUCACAACAUAAAGGAAUUUUUUUUCUUCAGUUCUUCACUCUUCCCUACUGCCAUCUAUUCACUUUAAGCCAGAAACCUGUCUUUUGCGGUCAUUUUUAGUGUAGAGGGCAUGUCUGGAUCAUCUUUGUAUGAGUUAAGGUAAUGAAUCAAGCUGUGAGAUAUUGUAUUGAUCCUAAAACAGUUCAUGCUGCCCUACAAUCACUACGUGCUGUUUCUUUUGCCAAGAUUAGUAUUGUCAAUUGAAACGGCACUGGAACUGCCAUAGUUUUUCCAAAUUGGCAUUGAUAUCAACUGCCAUUUGUGAUUUUAAAAAUUUGUAUCAUCACCUUUUCUUGUUCACUCAGGAAGGUCAACACACUGUUUUUUUUUUUUUUUUUAAUCACGGUGAAAGUAACUGAUUUCUGCUGCUGUAGUUUAGAGAGAUUUCACCAUAAGUAGCUAAAUAUAAAAUAAAAUACUGCAAAUGGUACUAGUCACAAGUUAUACAAGUUCUCCUGUGAAGACCAUAGCUUGUAGCAUAGGCCCUGCUUGGUUGAGUGCAUUUGUGUUACUGAGAAGAGGAAUGUUUUUUUUUUUUUUCGUCUUGUUUUUGACUGUCUACACACCUCUCCAAAAGUGCCCACAUUUUAGUUCUCAUUUGAUUUUUUUUUUUUUUUUUUUUUUUUUUUUUUUUUUUUUAAAUAUCCAGGUAAGCCGAAAAUGUUCAUUUUCACUAAUGCUCAAGUUAAACUGUGGAGUUCAAACCAAGCUUUGAAAUGCUGGUUGCCAUUUCAACAGCACUACAACCUUCCAACGUACACAAGGGAUACAAUAAUUGCAUAAUUUUGAUAUGUCAAAUUACUGUUUCUUUUAGCAGCAACUGUACUGACUGCAUGUGUCGUCGUCCAAGGAAAAACGUGACAUUGAUUAGAUUGUAACACAGGCAGGUUAUGGGUAGACAGCUGUGCGAAUACCUCAUACUCAGUCCAGCAGUGCUGGAAUGUAAACACUAAGUAUGACUUUCUCGAAAUUACUCUGUUACGUAUGCUUGAAAAAUAAAAUGUAUAUAUUUAUACGAUUACGUUUUUGCUACCCUUAUGUUUUUGCCACAGUAUUUCGCCAAACUAUUGCCUUCUGUAGUUCAAUCUUUGAAACUUUUAGCAAAAUGUAUUCAUUGGGACCAUAUUGUUUUUUUUCUUUCCCAGUCUAUAAUAGAAAUGUCUUGUACAGAAGUAUGGUUGUGUCUAUCCUAUUUAUUCCACAUGUAGUUUAUUGGUUUUCUAAAAAAAACAAAACAAAAACAAAUAAAAGAAAAUAUUUCCUUUGAA